AUGUCAACUUCGAUAUCAAGUCUCAAUAGCCUUUUUUCUUUCACUUCUCCUGCGGUUAAAAGGUUGCUUGGUUGGAAGCAAGGUGAUGAAGAGGAGAAAUGGGCCGAGAAAGCUGUGGAUUCUCUUGUGAAAAAACUGAAAAAAAAGAAAGGUGCUCUUGAAUCUCUGGAAAAAGCUUUAAGUAACCCUGGUGAACCAAGUGAAUGCGUUACGAUACCGAGAUCCUUGGAUGGCAGACUGCAGGUCUCGCAUCGUAAGGGUCUGCCUCAUGUUAUAUACUGUCGCGUUUGGCGUUGGCCUGAUCUUCAGAGUCACCACGAGCUCAAACCUCUAGACAUUUGUCGCUUCCCUUUUUCUGCUAAAGAGAACGAAGUAUGCAUAAACCCAUACCAUUACAAACGCGUUGAAAGUCCAGUGCUGCCACCCGUUUUGGUUCCGAGGCACAGCGAAUAUCCUUCCAUGGGUUCGGUGACUGCGGGACCUUCAACAGAUUCAAUAAGAACGAGUAUAAUGCCUCUCCAAGCUGCCCCACUCUUGAUGGCAUCGUCUUAUGGUCAGUUGACGCCAAGUGAAACCGCAAUGCCUUAUAACGUCACCUAUCCCCAAGGCUUUACCCAGACUUCACCACUCCCUCCCGCUACUCCUGUCAGCAGCGGUGCCUCUCCCCCAACCUCCGUUCCUCCAACCUCGGACACGCAUCCAGUAAACUACCAGGAGCCAAAGUACUGGUGCUCGAUAGUCUACUACGAACUAAACACUCGUGUUGGAGAAGCCUUUUUCGCCUCGCAACCGAGCAUUGUAAUCGAUGGUUUUACAGACCCCUCAAACAACUCGGACCGCUUCUGCCUCGGUCUUCUCUCAAAUGUAAACCGUAACUCUACCAUUGAAAACACUCGCCGACAUAUUGGCAAGGGCGUUCAUCUCUACUAUGUUGGUGGAGAGGUAUUCGCAGAAUGCCUUUCGGACAGCAGUAUCUUUGUGCAGUCUCGCAAUUGCAACCACCGACACAAUUUCAAUUUGACUACUGUGUGCAAAAUUCCGCCGGGCUGUUCACUGAAGAUUUUUUCGAACCAGGAGUUUGCCCAACUGCUGCGUCGUACAGUGAGUCACGGUUUUGAGGCGGUCUAUGAGUUGACAAAAAUGUGUACCAUUAGGAUGAGCUUUGUGAAAGGUUGGGGUGCCGAGUACCAUCGCCAGGACGUCACCUCUACGCCUUGUUGGGUUGAGAUUCACCUCAACGGCCCCCUUCAGUGGCUGGACCGCGUCCUCACUCAAAUGGGCACUCCGCGUAAUCCUAUUUCUUCCGUUUCCUGA